CAUUCACGCGUGAUCCAUACGAUUUUUGGAAUAAAUGAGAGCUGCCCUUCCCAUUAAUACUACAUCUAGGUAAGUGGCACCCACCUGGAGCUGGUGGAAGUCGGGACCGUCGUGAACUGGAGUGAAGCUGUCUUUCCCCUGCCCCGGCCGUAAUCGCCGAAGAGGAGAAGAUCGCAUUCAAGCUUCUCCAAGAAGACCCCAAAUCGAGAAAUAUCUAUCUCGCCGUAUUCUGCAGAGAAAAAGGUCCAGGAUCGAGGUCCUCGAUUCAGUCCCACGCCGGCGGAUCGAUCGGAGGAAAAGGAGAAGGAAAGGAAGGGAGUCGGGAGCAACAGGUGGUGGUGAGGGAUUUAGGACGGGGGAAGGUGGAGGAGGGAUGAUGGGGGACGGGGUGAAGCAGAUCCUGGCGAAGCCGAUCCAGCUGGCGGACCAGGUGACCAAGCUGGCCGGCGACGCGCACACCAGCCGGCAGGAGUGCCUGGAGCUCAAGGCCAAGACCGAAAAGCUGGCGGCGCUCCUCCGGCAGGCGGCGCGGGCGGAGCUUUACGAGCGCCCCGCCACCCGCAUCAUGCAGGACACCGAGCUGGUCCUGGGGAAAGCGCUGGGCCUGGCGUGCAAGUGCCGCGCCCACGGCCUGAUGCGCCGCGUCUUCACCAUCAUCCCCGCCACCGCCUUCGCCAAGAUGUCCACCCAGCUCGACAACUCCAUCGCCGACGUCUCGUGGCUGCUUCGCAUCUCCACCGCGGGGGCCGACGACGACCAGUUCCUGGGGCUGCCCCCCAUCGCCCAGAACGAGCCCAUCCUCUUCCUCAUCUGGGACCACAUCUCCAACCUCCACACCGGCUCCGUCGACGUCCGCUCCGACUCCGCCGCCGCGCUCGCCUCCCUAGCCCGCGACAACCUCCACUACGCCAAGCUCAUUAUCGAGGAGGACGGCGUGGGGGCCCUUCUCCGCCUCGUCAAGGAGGGCAACGUCGACGGCCAGGAGAACGCCGCCCGCGCCCUCGGCUUCCUCGGUCGCGAUUGGGAGAGCGUCGAUCGGAUGCUCAACGCCGGCGUCUGCACCGUCCUUACCAAGCUCCUGAAGGACGGGGGCCCCAUGCGCGCCCAGGCGGCCGCCGCCUGGGCCGUCGCCGAGCUCGCCGGCAACCACUUCGCCUGCCAGGAACUCUUCGCCCAGAACAACGUCAUCCGACUCCUCGUCGGCCACCUCGCCUUCGAGACCGUCCAGGAGCACAGCAAGUACUCCAUCAUCCCCGCCUCCAAGGCCAUGUCCAUCCACUCCGUCGUCGUCGCCACCACUGCGAACAAACCCGGUUUCGAUGACGACAGAAGCAGCAGCAGCAGCGGCGGCCAAUUCCGGCAUCAUCCCAAUGCGCUGUCCCAAAUCCAUUCCGUGAUCGAAUCCACCAUGGCCUCCGCCAAAAGCUCCAAAGCCGCCGCCGCCGCCGCCACGGCAACCAACGGCGCCGUGCCCCCCUCGAAGCCCAUCCUCUCCUCCGGAUUCGGAACCAAGGGGAGGGAUUCGGAGGACCCGGCCACCAAAGCCGAGAUGAAGGCGAUGGCGGCCAAGGCGCUGUGGCAGCUGGCCAAGAACAACCUGGCCAUCUGCAAGAGCAUCACGGAGUCCCGCGCCCUCCUCUGCUUCGCCGUCCUCCUCGAGAAGGGCUCCGGAGAGGUCCGCUACAACUCCACCAUGGCCCUCAUGGAGAUCGCCCGCGUCGCCGAGGACAACCCCGACCUCCGCCGCUCCGCUUUCAAGCCGACCUCUCCCGCCGCCAAGGCGGUGGUCGACCAGCUCCUCCGGAUCGUCGACAAGGGCGUCUUGGACGAGCUUCUGAUUCCCAGCAUCACCGCGCUGGGGUGCCUGUCGAGGACCUUCCGGGCGACGGAGACGAGGAUCAUCGGCCCACUGGUGCGGCUGCUCGACGAGAGGGAAGCCAUCGUGUCGAGGGAAUCGGUGCUCGCGCUUACCAAAUUUGCCUCCACGGAUAACUUCCUCCGCGUCGAGCAUUCCAAGGCCAUCAUCGAAGCCGGAGGGGCCAAGCACCUGGUCCAGCUCGUGUAUCUCGGGGAACAAUUACAGAUCGAGGCCUUGAUCCUGCUGUGCCACAUUGCCCUCAACGUUCCCGACAGCGAGGAUCUCGCCCAGGCCGGAGUCCCCGCGGUGCUCGCCUGGGCCUCCAAGCAGGGCCACAUGGUGCAGGACUUCAGGGUCGAUUCCUUGCUGCCGACGGCCAAAGCCAAGAUGGAGCUCUAUCAGUCAAGAGGAUCCAGAUGACAAAAUCACCAUUACUAAUCCAGUGCGAGCUUUCUUCUUCUUGGCCAUCCAAACCUACCAGAGUGCAUGUACAUCAUUUUUUUCUCAUCACAUUCUUGCUAUGGUCUCAAGUAAUCAUGGACACCUAUACUGUGAUUAGGCUGGCUCUCGUAGGGAUGAUGAUGUCUUUGUUUUUCUUUCUUUUAGGCCCCCCCAAUUUAAGGAGUUUUGUAAGCUGGGUAUAUGGAGUGGAUUUGUGUGCUUCUAAUGUUCUCUUAUUUGUUAUAAAUUUUUGUAUGUUAAGUGAACAAUUUUUAUAAAAGCCACCCAUGACUCUCUUUUGGUGGUCGCUUGCAUAAUCAUGCAAGAUGGUAAACUGAUGCUCUACUGAUGCAUAUCAGUUAAA